GGUGUGGGAUACAGGCACAGUGAUGCAGCACAUGCAGGGCCCGAGCAGUGAGGGCAAGGGGAGAGGCGGAUCUGGCAUGCCGGAAGCAGGAAGCGCUGCAAUACUAGUUGUCGGUAAUGAUGGCGGCGGUGUGUCAUCCUGUUCUCUUGUUUCUCCACUCACUCCUCUUAUGCUUCCUGGCGCCCAGGGCUGCUGCCGACCUGACAGAUGGGAACAGCGAGCACUUGAAGCGGGAGCAUUCCCUCAUUAAGCCUUACCAGGGUGUGGGUUCCAGUUCAAUGCCAUUAUGGGAUUUUAUGGGCAGUACGAUGCUAACAAGCCAGUAUGUGCGCUUGACUCCUGAUGAGCGGAGUAAAGAAGGUUCUAUCUGGAAUAGAUCGCCUUGCUUGUUGAAGGACUGGGAACUGCAUGUACAUUUCCGUAUUCAUGGGUCUGGAAAAAAGAAUCUCCAUGGAGACGGACUUGCUCUGUGGUAUGCAAAGGAUCGGCUGGAACCAGGUCCUGUUUUUGGAAACCAAGACAAGUUUCAUGGCUUGGCAGUCUUUGUAGACACAUAUCCUAAUGAUGAAACAACUGAGCGUGUCUUUCCAUAUAUCUCUGUCAUGGUGAGCAAUGGCUCCAUACAGUAUGACCACAGCAAAGACGGACGUACUGAUGAAUUAGCAGGUUGUACAGCAGAUCUACGCAAUAAUAACUAUGACACAUUUCUAGCUAUACGCUAUUCCCGUGGGCGUCUUACGGUCAUGACGGACAUUGAAGGUAAAAAUGAAUGGAAGAAUUGUGUUGAUAUUUCGGGUGUCCGGUUGCCAACUGGUUACUAUUUUGGAGCAACAGCAGCAACUGGAGACUUAUCAGAUAAUCAUGACAUUAUCUCCAUGAAGCUGUACCAGCUGAUGGUUGAGCACUCACCAGAUGAUGAAAACAUUGACUGGACAAAAAUAGAGCCCAGUGUUAGUUUGCUGAAGUCGCCCAAAGAUAAUGUUGAUGAUCCAACCGGGAAUUUCCGCAGUGGGCCCCUGACUGGUUGGAAGGUCUGUCUUCUGCUGCUUGCUGCUCUCCUGGGCAUUAUAGUCUGUGCUGUGGUGGGAGCAGUUGUUUUUCAAAAACGACAAGAAAGAAACAAACGAUUCUAUUAACUGGAUGCUCCGGCCAUGUAUCAAAUACCGAAAUGUGAAUUUAUUUUUAUUAUUUUUGCUUCCCCCUGAAAACAUGGAUUGUACAAACAAAUCUCAAGUGGGUAACAUGGAAAUCAUUUAGGUGGUACUUUAUUAAUUUUCAUAGGAAUAACCAUAAUAUCAAGCAGGUGGGGGAGGAACAAUCUUUAAAGACUUUUUUUUUCUUAAUUUUUCAUUUGGUGAAAACAAAAAUGAAUUACUGACGUUAAUGGAGCUUGCUUAGAAGAUAUUUUUGGGAAGAAAAGUGGCUGCAUAGUUCUCCUUGAGCUUUUGGAUGUUGCAGCUAAAAAGCUUGUUUUGGGCAUGUUGCAAAAUAUUCUUCAAUUUGUUGAUCGUUCAGCAGCUCAAUCCUGUGGAUUGUAACAACUGCUCCACACAGAACAAUGUCGGUCACAGUAUGAGACCAGAAAGCCCAGGUCUCUUGUAAUAGUUCUCUGUCUGCUCGGGAUUUCAUACUGACACUGUAAUGUUUAACAAAACAUGCGGUGGGGAAAGAAGGAUUUUGCCUUGGUCUGCACUAUAUAUCCCUGAUUUAAUGCCACUGAAUUUUUCACGAAUGUGGAAAUGUUUCUGAUGACUGUAUACAAUAUUUGAUUAAAGAAAAGAAAAAACCCAAAACAACAA